AUGUAUAGUGCAGAGGAGGCAUAUUCCAUGCUUUGUGCUUCUGAUGAGGAAAGUAGUUUAGAAGAUUCUGACGCUGACUAUGAGCCUUUGGAAAGCAGUGAUACAUUAACUUCUAGUUCAGACUGUGGUUCAGAUGAUGAUGUCCCAGCCAUAAAAAUACAGAGAAGGUAUCUGAGGUCUACUAACAGCAGCGAACAGUGCACAGGUAGCACCAGCACAGACUUGCCAGGGACCUCUACAAGUCACACCAACCAAUGUGAGACAAUCAUUAUGAGCGCAGAUACACAGAUGACAGAACUGGCACCUGUAAUGGCUAGUGAGAGUCUGCACCGACAGCAGGACCUUACACCCGUGACACCUAUAGAAGGUUGCCCUUUUGAAAUCAGCAAUCCAGUGUGGUCACAUUCAGACAUUUACAGACCUACUAUUCCUCCAUUCACGGCACAAGCUGGUGUAAAUGUGCCUACACAAAAUUUUGCUCCUAUUGAUUUUUUCAAGCUUGUUAUAACAGAACAGCUUCUACAGGAAAUAGUACUGCAAACAAACCUAUAUGCCCAGCAGUUUCUGGCAAGUAAUCCUUCUUCCUUCUAUGCCAAACCCCACUACUGGAAACCAACUACUGUGCCCGAAAUAAAACAGUUUCUAGCCCUGACAUUUAACAUGGGACUCACUAAGAAAUCUGAACUGAGGUCCUACUGGUCUAGCAACCCAAUUUAUCAUAUGCCAAUAUUUUCUGCUGUGAUGGCUCGGGCACGGUAUGAAAUUUUAAUGAGAUUUUUACAUUUCAAUGACAACACCCUUUGUCCCAGACGAGAAGACAGACUACAUAAAAUAAGGCCUCUCAUCAACCACUUCAACAAGAUUUUUCCAGAGUUAUACACACCUCAAAAAAACAUUGCUGUUGAUGAAUCCCUCAUCCAUUUCACAGGCCGCCUUGCUUUUAAGCAAUAUAUUCCAAGCAAGCGAGCAAGAUAUGGAGUCAAGCUUUAUAAACUAUGUGAGAGUGGCAGUGGAUACACUUAUGCUUUCAGAGUUUAUGAGGGAAAAGACACUCAGCUGAGUCCUUCUGGUUGCCCAACCUACAUGGGAAUUAAUGGGAAAAUUGUUUGGGAUCUAAUUAGUCCACUUUUUCGAAAAGGCUAUAAUUUAUACUUGGACAACUAUUAUACAAGUGUCCCACUUUUCAAACAUCUGUAUAUGGAGGGCACAAUUUGUUGUGGAACAGUGAGAUCCAACAGAAAAGGCUUCCCAAAGUCUCUUGUAAACACAAGACUAAACCAGGGAGAGUCUUCAUGUCUCAGAAGUUCAGAACUGCUGGCAGUAAAGUACAGAGACCGGAGAAAUGUUUUUAUGCUCAGCACCCUUCACACUGAUACAACAGUCCCAGUGGCAGUCACACGCAGAAAUAUGCGUGCAGAGAAACCUGCUUGUGUUGUGGACUAUAACAAAUAUAUGGGGGCAGUUGACUUUAAUGACCAGAUGCUUAAGCCAUAUUUGGUCAUGCGUAGAUCGAAGUACUGGUAUAAAAAAAAACAGUCAUCAGGCUGCAUGGACGACAUUUUCCUGACAUCCUCCCUGCAACACAAAAUGAUCAGCAUCCCCAAAAAAAGUGCAGGGUUUGCUCCAAACGUGGCGUUAGGAAAGACUCCAGAUACUACUGUCCAGAAUGCCCAUCAAAGCCUGGACUCUGUAUAA